UGCCUCCAGAUCAAAUCUAUAGCUGCAUCGAUCAAUCCAUCCUCACCACUGCACACUGCUAGCAGCUGCCUGCAGCAUUGAAUCGAUCGAAUUACCAAUCCAGUUGCUCGAGCGCCACCAAAUGGCCUCCACCAACGCCGUCGCCGCCGAGGUGAGCACCGCCGUCACCAAGCUGAACGAGCACCUCGCCAAGGCGCUCAACGGCGCCGACGCCACCGCCGGGGCCGCCAACAACACCACCGUCAUCACGCUGGCGGGGGAGAACAGCGGCGCCACCAUGGAGGCGGAGGACCUCGUCGUCGUCGGCAACGCGGACGCGGAGGAGGAGGAGAAUGACGAGGACCAUGACCAGCAAGAGGAUGAGGAGGAGGACGUGGUCAUCAGCGCCUACACCAACAGCAACUACCAGGCCGUCAACAACUCCGUGCUCGUCUCCGGCAGCUGCGCCGUCAACGACCCCGGCGUCCACGUCGUCGUCGUCGAGCACGUCGACGAGAUACGCGACUACGACGACGACCUCGACGCCCAAGAGUUCUAAGCUAGCAAGCAGCAGACCUUGCUUAUUGCCUAUGGUUUGGGCAAACGAUGAGUUCCUCAUAUAUAUAUCAGUACGUAAUGUUCUACAAAUUAAAGUUGAUGAGAUGAUCCAUGGGUGAAUGAAGGAGAUACAUAUACAUGUAUAUCGUAUCCAUGCAUGACACAUAUAUAUCUGUCCCGGCUUAUUAGUUUAUUAUUAGUAAGACUUUCGAUUACUUGCUUGCCUUGGUCCAUGUAUUAGUAGUGUGUGUAUUAUCUUUCCUUCUACUAUACUACUGUAAGGUGCUUGAUGCACACUCUGAAUAAAAAUUCUGGCUUAACUGCACAAAA